GAAUUCAUGCUCUCCCCCAUCAACAUUGUCUCAGUUUAUCGUGACUUUUGAGUAAUUUUUUGAUCAAAAAAAGACAGCUAUGGACAUGGCAUCAUAGGCGUCAAAAUCAUCGGUUUCUGCUAAAAUCGCCGCAGACGUAUUCCACAAUGGCGCCCAAAGCAAUUGACAUACCCGAUAUCAGCUCAGACCCGAUGUCGACGUUAGAGAACGUACUUACUUCACCACGACGCUUGACUGGAUUUGAGAAAUAUUUGAGGCGAGAUGCUGAUCACAAACACCUUGUUUUGUUGGAAGAGUUAAGACAACUUCGGUACGAGAAAGAUCCAGAUAUCAUGUCUACCAUUGUUCAAAGGUGAUGAUCAAUUUAUUUGCGCGCCUGCCCUUUUCCCAAUUGCAC